CACUGGCAUUUUGUUCUUCGAUUUCUACCGGAUUCUACGUAGCGUGGAAGUGUGUAACGAGGGCCGACAUGUGUUCUGGCUCUUUGAAAAUGUGGCCUCCAUGCCUCUGGAGUACCGGAAGGUGAUAUCCAGGUUCCUGCAGAUGGAGCCGGCGCUGAUCGACGCCAAGCACUUCUCGCCGCAGAGUCGGCCCCGCUUCUUCUGGGGAAACAUACCAGGCCUGUUCACACCGCUGCCGCCUCAUCUGCUGAACUCAGAGCACAGCAUAGCGCCAUGUCUGGUGCUGCCCAGCCGCCAGCCGGCCACUGAUCAGGUGGGCUGCGUCACCACCAGCCGCAACUCGCUGCGCCAGGGUCGGCUCAGCCUCAGCCCGGUCGUCAUGGACGGGCAGGGUGACGUCAUGUGGAUCACCGAGAUAGAACAGAUGUUUGGCCUACCCCGCCACUACAACCGACCCUCGGCAGCCUGGGCCCUCAGAGGCGCCAGCAGCUGCUGGGGCCGAGCCUGGAGCGCGCCCGUCGUCCGGCACAUUCUCAGCAGCCUGACGCCGUUCUUCAGCGGGGCGUCUUCCGACACAUCCUCAGCAGCCUGA